GGUCCAGCCUCUGGAGAGUCUGCGGGAACAGUCCCGUCUGAAUGAAGGUUACAGACACUCAGAGACAGAGCAGGAGGAACCCAACCCAAACACAUCCUGACUGACAGAGAGCAAUCUAUGAAUAACAAAACAAUCCUAAAGCUAGGUACAGAUCGGUUUCUCCAGACAACCAGACCUUGGCAAAUAGGAGUUGCUGCUUUGAACUACAGAAGGUGUGAGGAAGAACAGGCCUGGAGUUAAGCGAACAGCAGUUACUAGGAGAAGGUGAAUGUCUUGUGUCACAAAGAGUGCCAUCAGCAGACUGCGAAACUGAAAAUUUGGUUAUCUACGGCUUCCACUUAUUUUCUGAUGUGCUCAGCGGUGGCAAAUCUGAGCAGCCUUGUUCACCACCCAAUAAUACAUCAAUAAUCACUGCCACUGCCAUCACUGCUAUUCUUCUCUUUUAAUUCUACCAAACCCUCUCAUCUCAGCUGCUAAGACAACUAGAGAAAGGCAUCUCCUUUAAGAGUCACUCAGCGCUAACAAGACAGAUGUAGGGAGGGAGUAAAAAGAAAAAGAGAAGAGGGAGGGUGGAGAGCCGGAGAGAAUUGGCGCUCAAGUGUGAGCGAGAGAGAGCGCGCAGAACACAGCGUGCAAGUGUCUCCUCUAACUAUUGGCACUUUGAUACAUUUCAAAGCCUAGCACCUCGCACCGAAGAAUCUGACAGAACGUGGUUAGCAUCUGAGACUUGUAUUCAAGCAGACGGCCGAACGAAUGGGCUUUUAUUUGAGGAGGAACAGUUCAGAAGGGCUCGUCUGAGGCGGCUGUAAUUGAGGAUGAAUUUCUGAGAGACCUGCUGGGUAAGAAGGAUCCAAAUAGUGACUUAAGAUUUUACAACUGUCCAGAAAGCCAAAAAGGAGAGUGAAAUUCACAAUGGAUGAAUGUCCUUGGAUUUGUUGGCAGUGCUGAUCUGUUUCUCAGUUUGUUGGUGCAUUUUGGGUCUCUGAGAUUCUGCUUUAAGAGGACGAGUUUGUAAGGAGUUCUGGUACAGGUCAGUUCCACGCUGGACCACACAAACUAUCUGCAGGAGGUCUGGAGAGCAUGGGGAAAUCAAACAGCAAGCUCAAACCUGAGGUGGUGGAGGAACUAACCAGGAAGACCUACUUUACAGAGAAAGAAGUUCAGCAAUGGUACAAGGGCUUCAUAAAAGAUUGCCCAAGUGGUCAGCUUGAUGCUGCAGGUUUCCAGAAGAUCUACAAACAGUUCUUCCCCUUCGGCGACCCCACCAAGUUCGCCUCAUUUGUCUUCAAUGUUUUUGAUGAGAACAAGGAUGGACGGAUUGAGUUCUCUGAGUUCAUUCAGGCCCUGUCUGUGACCUCACGUGGGACUUUGGAUGAAAAGCUCCGCUGGGCCUUCAAGCUUUAUGAUCUUGAUAAUGAUGGCUAUAUCACACGUGAUGAAAUGCUCAAUAUCGUAGAUGCAAUCUAUCAGAUGGUGGGGAAUACAGUGGACCUUCCAGAAGAAGAAAACACGCCGGAGAAGAGAGUGGAUCGCAUUUUUGCCAUGAUGGAUAAAAAUGCUGAUGGGAAGCUAACCCUGCAGGAGUUCCAGGAGGGAUCAAAGGCAGAUCCCUCUAUUGUCCAAGCUCUGUCACUCUAUGAUGGCCUUGUAUAGUAACAGCUUGUCUUAAGGAUAAAGUCAUUGUACAGGUACGGCAAAGGAUCCAGUGUGGUGCCAUCCCACAGUGCCAUUCAAGGAGAUGUGUCUUCGUCGUUUGACCUCUUAAAACUGAGAAGUCUCACCACAAGCAAAUCACGUUUCAUCCAACAAUGACAGAAAAGAAGAAGCCGUCAUCCUGAAACUUGUGUGUGUGUGAUUGUGUGUGCGUGCACGUGUGUGUGUGAAUGCUAAACUGCAGGAUCCCACUGGAAUUACACCAGUGCUUGUUUUCUCCCGAACAAACGUGCUGGAGACUAUAUGGAUGGCACUGAUUGUUAAAGAAAAGCAUGCUGAAAAACCUAAAUUAGAAUUGUAAAUAUGUGUAAACAUUUCAUAUUUUUUAAUCAUACUUUGCUGGGAUAUUGUGGAUGUGCACUUCAUAUAUAAUUCAAGAGACUGUUGAUAUUUUAUCUAUUUAUUGUUUACCUUAAAGUGUAUGGAUCGCAGCUGUUACAAGCCUCAAUGCUUCUAAAAGCCUCUUGGAAUGAAAGACUGUAAUCCUGUUUUGCUUUUACUUUGGAACUUUGAAUGUGAAAGGAGAUUAAUUUAUUAUAUUUGCGAUACACAGCUCCCAUUGUGAAGAGUGCGCUGCCCAUUCACUGCUGGCAAAAGUCACUGCAGAGUCCUCAAGCUAUACUUCCUAAACAAGACACUGUAACCAAGCAACAUGCUACAAUGUUAUUCCUGAACAGUUGCACCUCAAAACUGAUGUAAGUACCUCUGUAAUGAAGAAACUAUCAGUCCACCAUCUGCUAACUUCAACUACACCUCUGCCUUUGUCUUUUCCUGUGUCAUUUUCCUGUCAAACAAAAGUCAUAGACUUGAACUAUGACACUCUCCUCUCAAAGCAAGUAAUUGGGUAUGUGCCGGGUGGGUUUGAGUGGGUCUCAUGCUUUAUCAGUCGCUCUCUGGCUGAUUAUUAAAUUUGAGUCACUGCAUAAUUGCCUCUAAUGUUAUUUGCCGUCGGUAAGUAAGAUGGAGGUUUUAAUAUCUGAUGUGUCCCCUCUUGAUAUUUCAACAAUGGCUGCUUCCAUUUUCAUCACUGUGUGGUAUGUGUAGAAUUGCUGUGCUCAUAGCAGGACAGUGUUCCAUAGGAGCACAGACCUUGUAUUUCAUCAGCACAAUGGAUUCGCUGGCACGCUUUCAAAACAAUUCACUGUGGUCAACGAAUCCCUGAAGUAAUCAAUUUUGUCACCCUAAAGGAACAUAAAUCAAAUUCACCAU